CUCCCCCUCUCUCUCGCCGCGACGCCACACGACACGACACGCGACGACGCGACGCCCAACUCCUCACGCUUCCCUUCCCUUCCCUUCCCCCAUCCAUCCUCUCCUCCGACUCCGACCUCCCGCAACCGCAGCGCCGCCCGAUCCGCCGCCACCGCCACCGCCACCGCCGGCAGCUCGAUCCCCCGCACUCGGGGGGGUUUUGGAAUUGGCGAAUGGUGGCGAACGAGGUGGUUGCGGCGGCGGCGGUGGUGGAAGAACCGGCGCCCGCGUCGGCGGGGGCGGUUGACCCGAUGAGGCUGGCGUCGCGGUGGCGGUCGCCGGCGGAGUGGGGGGCCGCGGCGGCCGAGAUGGAGGCGGAGCCGGCGCCGUCCGAGCUCAACACCACCAACAGCUCGGGCCUCUUCGCCGUCGUCUCUACCGACCGGAUGUCCGUCAGGUACCUCGGCGUCAACCAGCACGGCCACGACGUCGGCGUCGUGCAGGCCAACCGCCCCGCCCCCACGCGCCGCGCCGUCUACUACUUCGAGAUGGGCGUCAAGAACGCCGGCCAGAAGGGGCAGACCUCCAUCGGCUUCACCACCGAGAAUUUCAAGAUGCGCCGCCAGCCCGGCUGGGAGUCUAACAGCUGUGGAUAUCAUGGCGAUGAUGGCUAUCUUUACCGUGGUCCUGGGAAAAGUGAGUCAUUUGGUCCCAAAUUCACUUCUGGUGACACAAUUGGUGCUGGCAUCAACUAUUUCUCACAAGAAUUUUUCUUCACGAAAAAUGGAUCUCUAGUUGGAUCCUUUCAAAAAGAAAUUAAAGGCCCACUAUAUCCUACCAUUGCAGUCCAUAGUCAAGAUGAAGAGGUGACAGUAAACUUUGGAAAAGAACCAUUCUGUUUUGACAUUGAGGGCUAUAUUUUUGAAGAGAAAAUGAAGCAACAAUCUGUCAGCGACAAAUUGGAUUUGCAACCAGACAUCAGUCAUUGGAUUGUUCGUUCAUAUCUCCUACAUUACGGCUACCAAGAUACAUUAAAUUCUUUUGAUAUGGCAAGUGAAACUGAUCCUCCAUCCAAUCAUCAAAAUGGUUAUGGGGAACCUCCUGAAAUGUAUGGUCUUAGCCACAGAAAAUUGCUGCGUCAGCUUAUCAUGAGUGGAGAUAUUGAUUCUGCAUUCAAAAAACUUGGAGAAUGGUAUCCACAGGUGAUAAAGGAUGAAACAUCAAUUAUUUGCUUCUUACUCCAUUCCCAAAGAUUCAUUGAAUUUAUCGGGGCUGGACAACUGGAGGAUGCUGUAAAAUAUGCUCGCUCUAACCUGGCCAACUUCUUGACACAUAAAGCUUUUGAUGGGUUGCUAAAGGAGAGCGUGGCCCUGCUUGCAUAUGAAAAGCCUGCCGAAUCGUGCAUUGGAUAUCUGCUAGACUCUCCACAGCGGGAAUUUGUAGCGGAUGCAGUGAAUGCAGCUGUCCUGUCAACGAACCCGAACAUGAAGGACCCUGAGAGUUGCCUUUACUCAUGUCUCGAGAAACUACUGAGGCAGCUCACAGUAUGCAGCUUCGAGCGACGUGCAUUCAGCGGAGACCAAGGGGAUGCAUUCUUACUACAUAAAGAAGUGCAGUCCUGCGAUAGAUCCAGGUGUUCCUAGGCAUCAAAGCAUUCAAGUUGCACCUGCAUCUGAGCAGUGAACUCAGAGAUGAGACUUUGUGCCCCUCUUGGAAGGAAAGGGAUUCACCUCGGAGCGGAGAUGUAGACCAUGAUCCAUGCGCAAUCACAGAUACUUUGAUUCUUGAAGUUUCGCAGUAUACUCUCCACAAGGUGAACGCCUAACUGCUGGGAAAUUUGGCAGCAGCUCCUUCCCUGUAAUCUGAAAACUUACAUUCACACAUGGCCUUAAACAUCUCUGUUUCCAUAAACUCGGAAGCUUUGAGCUGGUAGACAUUCUGAAUGUGAAAUGAGAAGAGAAAAACAAUAAGAUUUGUGUAAAUGAAAUCGAGUUGCCCUUUAACCUUGUGGUUCAUUCUAAUUCAUUGAUACAUUCAAUUGCAAUGUCUUGGUUGCGCUCGA